CUACGCCUCUGGUAUUAGUGGCUGUUAUUAUAAUUUUUUCCUUUGAUUUGCUGUUUUUUUUUUCUUUUAAUAUCUUUCAUCUUUACCGGAUUUAACAUAAUAUGGGAAAAUCUCAAUCUAAAUUAUCGCAAGAUCAACUUCAAGAAUUGGUUCGCUCCACGAGGUUUGAUAAGAAGGAGCUACAGCAAUGGUAUAAAGGAUUCUUCAAAGACUGUCCUUCUGGUCAUUUAAAUAAAGAAGAAUUCCAGAAAAUCUACAAGCAGUUUUUCCCUUUUGGUGAUCCCACAGCAUUUGCUGAAUACGUAUUUAAUGUCUUUGAUACCGAUAAAAAUGGAACGAUUGACUUUAAGGAAUUCAUAUGCGCUUUAAGUGUCACUUCUAGAGGUGCUCUGGAUGACAAGUUGGUAUGGGCAUUCCAACUAUAUGACCUGGACAACAAUGGACUCAUUUCAUAUAAUGAAAUGCUUCAAAUUGUUGAUGCCAUUUAUAAGAUGGUUGGUAGCAUGGUCAAGCUUCCUGAAGACGAAGAUACUCCUGAAAAGCGCGUUAAUAAGAUUUUCAGUAUGAUGGACAAAAACAAAGAUGGCCAAUUAACCUUGGACGAAUUUCGUGAAGGGUCGAAGAAAGAUCCUACCAUCGUUUCUGCUCUUUCCUUGUAUGAUGGUUUAGUCUAAACCCAACAAGGAUUACCUCGGAAUCGGUAUCUAUGCCAUUUAUGUUUUCAAAUGCAGAUUCAAAUUUCCUUUUUACAACCGACGUUACCAGUUUAGUCUAUUAUGCGCUUACAUACUUUUUCAUUGUUUGUUGAUAUUUCUGGAUUUUUUUUUCAGCACUAAGGCUUCAAAUUCAUGUCCGAAUUGCUUUAGUUUCAUCCUGCUCAUCAGCCACCAUUUUAACUUUGCUGACAUGGCAUGGACUGUAUUCCUCAGUUGCGAAAAACACUUUAUUGAGCCGACUCUCUUUUAAACAUUGAAUGUCGAAUCACGUUUCCAGUUUCUAUAAACAAAUGCAUUCUAACGAGGACGACUGUUCUUAUUGAAAUAUAUGCUUUUAUGACUUUGCUAGAGCUAUAAAGUAAAGAUUAGGGAUUCAUAAAUCUACUGAAUAUACUAAUCUUCAGUACUUUAUUGAUUAUAUAUCUCAUAUUUGUACUUUAAAAAGAAGAAAGGUAUUUUACCAAAAUCCAGUAACUUAACUAGGUAAGUAAGUAAGCAAGCCCAA